AGCAGUCAGGCCGCAUUGCAGCAUGGCAGUGCUAGAUUGCACCGCAUCCAUCAUCAUCAUUCCUCAAUGGUCAUCACGAUUCAUCCCGCCUUGGAGAGGCAUGAAACAUGGUGAGCCGCCCCAGCAACCGAACACUACUCAUAGUCAAGCAUACAAAUGGACGGCGAUGCAACUCAUCAUCCAUGCCAGAUUGGUCGAGUGGUCAGCAGUGGCGCAUCUUUCGGUACGGGAUUCCGAGAUCUGCCCAAGCAUCCUGGUUUGCGUGGCUGUCCAAAAGCAGAAAAGCACCGAGCGUCAAGCCGUGUGUGUGAAGAUGUAAAUCGCAGACUAACCGUCCCGUGGACUUGAAUCUCGGUUGUGGCUUCGGCAUAUCACGAUCCGUUACCGCGAUGGUCGACCUUCCUUCUAGACAUGUAAGUAAUCAAGUCACACGGUACAAUACGUCAUUCGACGGCCGGCUGUCCCGUGUCACGACUGCCUGGCUUCAUAAUAGCUCACUGCCUUUUCCUGCCAUGAACUAGGGAAGCGCCCCAGUCCACUUCGGCCAUUCUUCCCGCUGUUGAUAUUGCGCGCGGGUCUCCUUUUAUAUUAAUUCGACCACUUCCCACCAGUCGUUGGUGCAGGAUCCGCUUAUCAUGUGUGGGUUCAGUCACAAAAGAGCGCAACUACAAGCUCCGUCUUGACAGGGACCCAACCCCAUAUUAGCCGGCAAAUCGCAAAGCGAGCGGCAACACCACACAACCACUGACAGUCGAGCGGGAACCCAGCAGCGGGCCUAGACUGGAAAACCUGGGGCAAUCACAAAUGAACUGGAGAAUCUGGGGGAAUGUCGGCUUGUGUAUCCCAACCGCCCCGCCAUGCAACGGCAGAGCAAGCCGCAACCAUGUAAAUGGAACGUCCCUAAACGGCAACCGAUGUAGCCUUCUCACGACUAUCUCUACCUUUUAAAGACUCAGGCUCAUCUUCCACACCCUCACUCUUCUCUUUUCCUGUCUCAUCACAUUUUUUGCUCUUGUGCCACCAGCCAGCCAAAACCAAAUUCAAAAUGUUGACCUCCCUCAUCAGCACCCUCGGCCUUCUCGCCGCCGGCGUCAACGCCCACGGUGCCGUCACCAGCUACAUCAUCGACGGCAAGACCUACCCCGGCUACCAGGGCUUCUCCCCGGCCAACAGCAAGAAUGUGAUCCAGCGCCAAUGGCCCGACUACAACCCCAUCACCUCUUGCAGCGCCUCCCAGCUCCGCUGCAACGGCGGCACCUCGGCCACCGAGUCCGCCCCCGUCCAGCCCGGCUCCAAGGUCAGCGCCGUCUGGCAGCAGUGGACCCACUCCCAGGGCCCCGUCAUCGUCUGGAUGUACAAGUGCCCGGGCGCCUUCAGCUCCUGCGACGGGUCUGGCUCCGGCUGGUUCAAGAUUGAUGAGGGUGGCUUCAAGGCUAGCAACGGCGUGUUCCUCGACUCGGAGAACCCGUCUGGGUGGGAGAUUGCCAAGCUUGUCGGUGGCAACAAACAGUGGACUAGCACUAUUCCUUCGGGGCUUGCUCCUGGAAACUAUCUCAUUCGCCACGAGUUGAUUGCCCUUCACCAGGCCAAUGCUCCUCAGUUCUACCCCGAGUGCGCUCAGCUCGUGGUUGGCGGGUCUGGCUCGGCUCAGCCGGAUAGCUCUUACAAGGCUGCUAUUCCUGGGUACUGCAAGGAUGGUGACUCUAACAUUAGGGUCCCCAUCAACAACCGCAACAUUCCCCAGACCUAUGUUGUCCCCGGUCCUCCGGUGUGGCGCGGUGCCUCCAAGAAGGCUCGUGACUUCUCUGCUUAAGCGGUUUGAUGAGGUCCACGGGAUGAGGAUGAUUAGUGGAAGACAAUUUUGGGUACAUACCUUGGUUUCAUUGCUUUGACUUGAGCCAUGGUAGCAUUUCGCCCGCUUUGAUUCAUGUCAAUCAACUUUUGUAUAUAACUCUUCGCCA